UUUCGCCAGAAGUGCCAGAAGCACGGUAGAGGAUUAUAAUCGUUUUUAUAGAAUACAUUAAGUGUGCCUAUAAAUAAAUUAAACUUUUAUAUUAAUGGCUGCGAAUUGGAUAAAAAUUACUGAGAGAGCACGAGAGGGUAUUAAAAUUAUAAAUGCGUUACCAUAUGAUACUUUUACAACAGUGCUAAGUUUUGUCCAUCGGCAAAUGAUACCUGCGACAACUGAGGACGCUAUAGAGCCAGAAAAUGCUUUGGAGGAAUUGGAACGUUUAGUUGGUGUACCACGUGCCGAUUUUCUUCUAAUGAUUAAAACUUUUUCCUACAUUUUACGACGCACGUCUACAUUUGUCAUCAAACCAACCCGAUUGCACGCUGAAUUACGAGAAAAGUUGCAGCUUCAAGAUGAUGCGAAAAUCGAUGCGAUUGUUAGGUUAUGGGUACGCCAAACAACACCAAUCAUGAAUAGUUUGGCUUGUGAACGUUAUGAAUCAAAUGAGAUACAAGAUGUUGCAUGGAAACUAAAUGUGGAAAUCUCAUCACAUUGUGAGCAACGUGAGAAAAAUGCCUUAGCCAUGUUGCAAUUAAAAACAGGUACAGGCGAAGACAUCAAUUUGGAGAUGAACCAUGAAGAGUUGUUGCAAUUAUAUAAUCAGUUCGAGUGUAUUCAAAACGAAUUAGAUGCCUUAAAACAUCAACAGACGGAGCAAAAGGCUUAGAAAUUUAUAGAAAGUAAAUUCGUGAGUACGUUCAAUUUAUAAUAACAUUAGUAUUUAUUGUUAAAUUAAGUUAAACUUAGUUUAGUAAAAUUUCACUGAAUUUUGUAAUACGUUUGGUGACAUUAGUUAGGAAAAUUUAAUAGACUUUUGUAAAACAAUUAAUGAAAAGUAAUUUUGGUGCAAGGAAUGCAAUGCAAUUAGUCGGCAUUACUUGUAAAAAAUCGCGACCUUGUAGUAAACUCAGGAAACGGGAAUACCUCUUAUUUGAGAAAUAUUGCUCUUGGUAAUUCCCAACUUUAAACUUGAAAUGAAUUACAUUGGGCUAAUUAUAUCACAUGAUAUUAUCAAUACUUCAGAUAGUGGGUGGCUGGCCCAGCUAACAUCGUUUCUUAUAUAGGCGAGCAGGCCAACCCGAAUGUUGGAUCAGAUCACAUUAACUGGGUAAUAUCAGAUGAUAUGAUCAACACAUCACAAAAUGGCUAACUAGGCCAGCUACCACCGGUUUUUAUAUAGGCGGACAUGUGGGUCGGAAUUUGGGGUCACAUGAUCUAUUUGUUUAAACAUUCUUAUGUAGCAAAUGAUUUCAUAAUAUUCUGCAUUCGGCCAAAUUAGGUGUUCUUUGGCGAAUUUAAGACGUGCCACAUAAUUUCUUUAACGGUACUUUUCGAGGACUAUGGGCAAUAAAUUAUGUUCACGGGGAAGUAUGUUCACUGUAUGAACCCUGCAAGGUAAUCUCAAUUCGUCCAGAAUCUCCACAGCUGACAUUGUAGGUCCAGUCUUAGCGCACCUUACGUCUUUCGCAAUCUAACAUGCGCCCUUUUUUUGCAUAUAAUGCAUUCGUAAAAACAAUGUUCCUUAUUUCAUCACUGAAAUAAAAAUAAAAAAUACGUGUUUUAGUAAAGACAAUAAACUAGGUAUUGGACGAAGGAAAAAAAAAUGAAAAUUGGAUUUUUGGAUUUUGACUGGUCACAGUCAUAUUUGUUUUGCUUUUUCCAUUGAAUAACAAAUAAAAUAUCAGAAAAUAUACUUUUUGUAUGAUAAAAUUAAUUAUGUAUUUUGUAGUAAAAAUAAUCUGUUUGCAUCCACUCACCGUUCACUACGAUUUUAUUAGCUGUAAAAUAGUUACGGUAAGUGUUUCACACUUUUUCUUGUGUACAAUCGUGUUAUCUCCAGUACUACUCUUUACACCUUGUCUUAACUAGGCAUU